UCGUCGCUGUUCCGUUAGUCGUCGUCAUCGUCGCGGCCGUUCCUCGUACUGUGUCCCCGCUCGGGGGGCCAAAUUACGGUGCUACCGAGAGCGUGAUGUGCGUGUCUCGUGCAACGUCCACCGAUUCACGGUUCGUGAGUGCGGCGGAGGUGCAACAGUGUGCCACCAGCAACAACAACAACAAUUAAAACGUGCAGUGCGCGGUGCAACGAGGCUUGUUUUUCGUAUGUUUUUUGGUUUCAUUCCAUUGCACCCCCCCUUUGUGUGUGUGUGUGUUUUCUCUACGCAUCGACGGCAAUAUAAAUAGAAAUCGAUGAGGCCGGGCAGGGCCGGGAUUGACCAAAAAUCGAACCAAACUCCGUGUGUCGCCUGAAGUGACGGAAGUUGCGCAUUUAGAGAGAGUGUUACGACAGUGUGGCGAAUGUCAGCAGCAGUGGUGGUCCAUUGCCUUUCGUCCGCCGAUCAGCCACUGCAGGAAGAACGGUGACGUUGGCCACUUGAGCAGCAACAACGGGCGCAUCAGGCGCAGCAGCCAGCGCAGCCACCGCGAUCGUGCACGAUGGCGACGACACCGUCCAGCAACAACACCGCCGCCACCACGGAGAUGGAUGAGUUUAUCAAAAAGAGCCGCGUAACGCGGGCCGCACCGCCGAAACCGGCCUACGAUCCGCUACAGUUCGUGCAGAUUAAACCGGCCAAAUUGUACGAUCUGAACAAGGCCAAACCGUCGACCGAGCGCAAGCUGGAGCUGAAAACGCAACGCGAGGUGGUGGUCGAGGACGCCGAGGAGUGGCAGUGCAAUCUGGACAACUGGAAGUCGUCGCGCAGGAAACGGGUAGAGCACAUCAUCGACAAGAUAACCGAGGCCAAGAAGAUCGAGCAGGAGGAAGUGUGCCGGGGCCGCAAGAAAUCGAAAACGUUUUCGGAAAUGCUGGAAAAUAGUGGAUCCCGAAGGCGAUUCAUUUUGCCCGGCGCCGAGGACGACGAGGACGCCGGCAGCUUCAGUGACGACCCGCAGGAUGGCCGGGAUGCCGGGAAAGAACAGUACAAGGAUGACUCGACCGACGAACGGGCCACGGACGAUACCAGCAGCUGCUGUUCGUCGAAGCAAGCCGACGGCGGCUCGAAAACGCCCGAGCUGAUCAUUGAGUCACCGGAAGUGCCCGAAAUGAACGAAUUUUCUUUGGCCAUUGAAAAUUACAAAUCCAAGUUUUCCCUCAGUAGCAGGACCUCGAUAGUGGUCGCCGGUAAGGGGUCAAACGAGAUCACCGACAUCGUGGCUGGGACGAUCGAAAGCAAUACGAUCUACAAUGAGACGAUCAAUAUAGAAAAAUCGAGUGUGCGCGACGAAGGAUUGGCGCCACAGGACCACGUUGGUGGGCACGUCGAAGAGACGGCAGGGUUCGAUUCAGUCGAGGAGCAGCGAAAGCCAGAAGAAACUCCAAAGGUGAAUGUGAUAGAACGGCGCCGACUGUUUGAGCAGCUCCAGCUCCAGCAGCUGUCCUGCGCACAGGAUGCCCCGGCGACAAAACCCCCCGUGUCCGCUGGAAAUGGCCAUGAGGAACGGUACGAGACGCAAUCAUCCACCUCCGAUGAACCGGCACCGAACGGGUCGUCGUCGGACUGGCUCGCUGCCGGUGGCAGCAUUAAGGAACGGCGAGCGAUCUUCGAGCGGUACCGGUCAAGUGAGGCGAACGAUGAGCUACAACCGGAAGCUGUGGGUCGCAGUCGCAGCAAUAGUGGUGCCGUGACCACGGUUGUUAAGAGUCGCUCGGAAUCGAACGUGGGGGUCAGUGCCAAGGUACUGGAAGCCGCAGCGACAGCGAGCGCAGCAGGGCUCAAUAUCGGGGGAAAGGAGCGGUACGAGUUGACGUUGGAGCAUUUGAAGCGGAAUAACGGCGGCGAUUGCUACGAGGACAGCGGCAUUCAGUCGACAGAUUUAUCCCGCAGCUCGGUCGUCUCGCAGGCGGACGACAACGAGAUGCUGUCGCAGCUGCUGGCGGAGGUGGGCAAAAGUCCGGUCCGCUCGGUAACGACCCUGGAUUCGGCGAGCGAAUUCUCCGACACCGAGUGUGGCGAUGGCCAGCUUCUUGAAAAUGCAUUGGAUGUAGCGUUUGAAGAGAUGGACAGCGAGCUAAAUGAAUACGACGCGCUGGUCGACGAUGAUCCGGUACUUCCCGUAACCGGAGAACGGCUUCCUUCACCGAGGGACGUAACAGCAGCGGAUCGGCAACUCACAGAGUGUCUGGUACCACCGUUAACUGUUGUCAGUCUGCCCACCGACUACGCAGAACCACCGAUUGCAGAAUUCAACGAUGAUCUGAUACUUUUGUCGUCGUUACCGAAGUCCAAAUUGUCACCACCGAAAGAGAAACCGCCACCACCGCCGGUGGACGACGAACCCGAACAAGAGCCGCCUCCACGGCACUCAACCGCCGGAACGGUCGCAAGCUGGGUGCAGAAAAAUGCCCUGGCGGCAGCAGUGCAUUCGAAUGGCGAUAAUGAAAGCCAUCUCGACCAUGGCGCAACCAAUGGCAAGAACACGACCUUGUACGAACAACAACAAAACGGCGGCGACAAACCCGUUGGGCGAGAAGACUAUCGGCAGCUUUCGGGCGAUGAACAGUGGAGAAGUCUGGAGAGCUACGAAGUGGUGCAGCAAGUGCAGCGCCAGCAGAGCAAGAAGCAAGCCGAGCUUCUCACAGAAAAGGAUCAUCAGCAGGACCAAGAGCAGCAGGAACUGUUGGUGUACAGUAAUCGGAUUGAAACGCAACCAUCGGUCCACCAUCAUCCACUGUACGAUGCUAGAGAUCAUGAGGAAAUAGUCAGCGUCGAGCGGGAGCUGUUACAGAUCGAACAGGAAGAAUUGCAGCGGCGAAGAGAUAAACAAAUUUUCUACGAGAAGCUAACAAAAACUGACUCCUCACGGUUGUCCGAAUCGCAGCAACAACAGCAGCAGCACCAACCGCCACACCAGCCACAACAACCGUUCUAUAACACCCAUCACCACCAGCACCUUCCUCACCAUCAUCACCACCACCAUCAUAACCAUCAUCACCGAGCCUCGAUGCCAGCGAUCGACAGUCGAUCGUUGCAGAAUGUCAAUGCUUAUGCAUCCUUCGACACGCCGUUCCUGGACGACGUUGCAUCGUACGAGAUGGGGUCGUUGCACCGGGAAUCGAUGCCCAACCUGUCGCAGGUCGCCGCGUCCUCGUCGCAUCCUUCUUCGCUCUCGUCGUACGGUGAAGAGUUUUCGACCAAUUCGGGCGCGAGCUUCGAUGGUGGUUGGCCAACUGUGACGGAUCGACACCCCGUUCCCGACAGACGUCCCGUGGUGGCUCCGAGGCCCAUGCUGAACGGUUUCCCCGAACAUCACCACCAUCGACACACGGUGGCGGCACACGCUGGUGGCGCAGGUUUCCAGGUGCCCGGCGGUGACCGCACGCGACUGUACAGUAAUAUGCUUGAGCAACAUCCCAAAGAUAACAAACAGAAUGCUUACCAUCCGACGCUGGCGAUGGUGAAUCGGGGGCAGGGCGGUAAUGCCGGUAACGCCAACAGCACCACCACCACCCUGUACGGCCAGCACUGGUUGGUGCAAGAGGCGGAGCAGAGGCGCAUCGAGCAACAUCAGAAGAAUGCGGCCAAGCGGCCAUUGCCAAAGUUUGUAAUCGACGCAAUAACGCAGCGAGUGCAGAAGCUGAAUGCCGGCAGUUCCGAACACUCGGACAACUUGUCCGAGGACUCGGAUCUGGCAAUGAUCAACUCGAUGAAGCAUCACCACCAUCAUCAGCAUCACAACCAACCGCAACCGCUGCCGCCCCAUCACCAUCAUCAGCCGCCACCAGCACCGGUUCUUCCGCCCGCUUCGCAGCAGCAACAGCAGUACUCCAACGCCACCGACAAGGUGCUGAGCGUGAGUGGAAAAAAGGAAUGCUCCCAUUGCCGAAUAGAGCUCGGCAAAGGUGCGGCCAUGGCAAUCGAAAGUCUCGGGUUGUUCUACCACAUCGAAUGCUUCAAAUGCUGCGUUUGUCACGUCAAGCUCGGGGACGGCACCAAUGGUAUAGAUGUACGCGUUAGAAAAUAUCGACUUCAUUGCCAAAACUGUUUCUCUAGUGAAGACGGUGUAAAGUUUAGUUGUGUUUAAAUAGCAGCAAAAGGUACGGCAGUACAGUAGUUAUUUAUGUUCGCGCACCGACCGAUCGAAUCCUCAGCUAAAGUAAUUCUCCUUUUGUAGAUCGCUGUAUCUAAUGAAACUUUAUUAUUGGUAUUUUGCCUUAAAUUAUUAGGGUUCUUGAAUAUAAACUUAUUACGAUGAUUACAUUAUUAUUAUUAUUUGUUCGUUUCAAUAAAAAGCAAUAAUUCAAAGCACUGUUUUUAGCACUGUAAAAUCAAUGGACCCGGCGUACAAGAGAGAAUAAAUAA